AUGACUGAACAGUUUACAGCAUUGGCAUCCAUAGCCCAGAACCCUGUUAAAAUUCGUGAUGAUGUUCUUGUUGACUUUUAUGAGAAGUGGCAGAAUGAUUACUUGGUUGUGAACAAAUGGUUUGCUCUUCAAGCUGUGUCUGACAUUCCUGGUAAUGUUGAGAAUGUGCAGAAACUGUUAAGCCACCCAACAUUUGACUUGCACAAUCCCAAUAAAGUGUACUCUCUCAUUGGAGGUUUCUGCGGGCUCCCUGUGAAUUUCCAUGCAAAGGAUGGAUCUGGCUAUGAGUUUAUGGGAGAUAUUGUGCUGCAACUUGACAAAAUAAAUCCUCAGGUUGCAUCAAGAAUGGUGUCAGCCUUCUCAAGAUGA